AUGUGGGACUCGCGGCAUCGACAGGGCGGCGACAUGGAAGCUGUUCGCGAGAUUUUCGCGUACGUCAUCCACACCGAGCAGAUGGAAGGAGUCCAGCCGUAUGUAGCACAUCAGCAAGGAUUACUGAUUCGACACGGGGGCCGUCCAGCUGCAGCGCGGAUAGAUGCCGCGGGAGGCGAACGUGAGAACAUCCGAUGGCCAGCCUAUGAGGUAUGGUCAUUCAUCUCAUCACUCCCCACGUUGCCGAGGGCCAUCUAUGCUACACACGCUGGGCCAAUAAUCUGCUGGGUUUCUCAUGUAUGUCUCCGGCGCAAGGAAUCGACGUCUACAGCUCGCUCGCCCAUCCAUCCUAGCUCUGUUAAGAUAUGGGAGGACCCAGUGCGACGGGAUUCUUCAGCCAUCAUCAAGCACUUCACUCACGGUGUAUUUAAUUUCCGGGUUUAUGAACACCACACGGAUUAG